CUUAUUUAUUUUUAUGUUUUGUUCACACAGGCGGCUAUUCAAACGGACCAUUAUUGAAGAUCGGGCGGUAAAACGAGAAUAUACGGUACUUCACUUUUUGGAUAUUGGCUAUUUCGCAAUCGCGCUAUCAAAUUAAUUGAGACGUAGGGCCUGAGAUAGUAUUUUUCCAGCCUUCGAAGGUUUGCGUUACCAUCCUAAAUUGCCAAAGUGGCGUCAACGAAUGUUCUCGCCAUUGCGUCAGCGCACAUGUAUUCAUAACAAGCGAUGUUUUCAAUAGUAUUCGAUUACUGAAAUAACACCCAUUCAUCAAGAUUCAACUACCUCCUCUCUGUAUAUACAGAUAUAACUUUUAAUGUGAUGUACGAAGAAAACCCCGAUAAUUGAAUCUAAUGGAACCGAGUACGUGAGUGAAUUCUUCUAGGUGAAAGUAAGUUUUAGAGCCAGAAAUUACGGUAGCUAGGCCCCGCCCCAUUCAUCCGAUUAUUUUGAUUUAGGGAAUAAUCUUGUUUUAACUCACGAUGUAGCGUCAGUUUUUAAUACAGGGACUUAUACAUCUUUCUGGUGUUGCAUACAUAAAUCUUUGAUACAUACAAAAAGGACGAAAGCUACCUCACUGAGAAUAAAUAUUCUUUCACAUUCAAUUUGCUUGCAUCCUUAGCAUAGCUUAUCUGUGUAAACGUAAAACUUAGUCAAAAUGUUUCGCAAUUAGAAAUGAAGAGUUUUUAGAAUUAUUCCCAGACUUUAGAAUUUCGAAAUCAAUUUUUGAUAUAUAUCUCCUUCAGGCGAAGCAUUCAAAACCUCUGCAGUUUCAGUUUAUUAUAUAUAUUUCCAAAUUGAAUUUAUUAUUUGAUUUCUGCGAAAACAACCGUGAACCAAAUUUUGUGUACGUAGUAUGAACUUUGAUUGGGAUAUUCAAAUCGUUUGAGCUUUUGAAUGAAUGAUAAACUCACUAGUACGUGGGUUAAUGUAGUACAUAGCAACAUACAUCAUAAAGGGCUAUUUAAGAACAGCUCAAAUUUGUGCUUAGUGUGUUUAUUUCUCUGUGACAUUUUAUGAUACACAAAUAUACUCAAAAUUUAAUCAGUAAUCAUAAUUAGUGAGCACAUCUGUGUAAAGAAUAUUGUGAUCAUGCAAUCAUAUUGUGCGAGAACAACAAAUGAAAACGAUCAGAACUUCCAGCUUGAAAUAGGUGACAGAAACGGAAGAAAAUGGAUAUCACAAAACAGAUCCUUGCAUGACAAUAUACCUGUACAGCUAAAUCCCAACAAAACGGAAGGAUGGGAGCUUGAGAAAUUAGAUAAUGAAGCCUUGUGGAGUUUUUACAUUUUAUCAGAAGACGAAAAAAAGAUGUACGUUACGUAUAACUUCAACAGCGAUGGCGUUACUUUAGAAGAGUUAGAUGAGAUCACGCAGGACAACGGGAAAGGAAGAUUUUUUCAUAUGCUGCCUCAACCAAACUUCGGGAUGUUUCUGCGGGCUCAAAAUGCACGUGAUAGAUACCUACGUAAUAGCGGAGGAAUGUUGGAAAUGACAACAUCUGAAAAUCCUAUUGAUGAUAUGGAAUGGUUCAUUACGCCUUCGUUCGAAGAUAGCACAAUUAUGCUUUCUUCCCAUUACGUUGAAAUUCAAAAUGCUACUAGUUCACAAAAAUGGAUGUGCCAAGAUGCACGAAUAAACGCACCAAUCCAAGUCCAACAAACUAGUACGCACCAGGAAUGGCAGCUCAGCUUUGGUCCUGAUCUGAAUUACGAAUUUUCAGUCGGAAAUUUGUAUGCAAACAGUCAACUAUUGUUCGGAUCAGCCCCAGCGGAUUUCACAGUGCAUCAGAUUGGAAGAGGUGUGCAUUUAAAAUGCAAUUCUAAAAAUAAAUAUGUAGUUGCCCCAGAGGGAAACGGCGAUCUUUACUAUUCAGCAAACGAAAUGAAUUCUUCUGCUUGGGACAUAGUGGGGACAAGAAUUGCCUGGAAACACAACGACAAAACCACCGUGUUUCCAUAUUACCCAAUAGAAGUAACGCAGGCAAAGAAGUAGAUGAACUCAUCAAUUAAAACUGUUUUAUUUUUAGUUUAAAAAAUAUAAAAUUACCCUGUUUCAAAAACAAAUUCAGAACUUGCCAUCGUGACGUACUUAGUAAUCGUGUAGCGGCAGUCUAUAUUGCCAGCCAUUGUCCAAACAAGAAACAACACUUGAUUGUUAUAGCGCAUUGUUUCAAUGGAAUUUAAUGACAAAAAGUGCGAAGUCAUGAUUUAAUGUGAUUUUACAUUGCAUAAAAUACAAAAUUGAAGCUAUAUGAAAAAAUAAUGCAACUAAUCCAAAUA